CCAGCAAAGGCUGCACACACAAACACACUCAGCUCACCUGCACGUCAAGAGACGAUGGACGCGGCUUACAAGAGAGUCAACGGGGAUGCGCAGUCCAACGACAACGAGAAAGGGAGGCGGCGCGGCUCCAUGUACCUGGAGGAGGAGACCAGCAAGAAGAGCGAGGUGGUCUCCUGCAUCUUCUCGCUCAAUGAGGAGGUGGGCGCCUUGGCCCGAGCGCUCAGACUCUUUGAGGAGAAGGGCAUCAACCUGACGCACAUCGAGUCUCGGCCGUCGCGCAUCAGCAACGAGCAGUACGAGUUCUUCAUCAGCGUGGACUCCAACUGCGCUCAGGCCUUGGACGAGGUCGUGGACGGCCUGCGCACGCAGAUCAGCGGCCAAGUGCACGAGCUGUCGCGCAACAAACAGAAGGACACGGUGCCAUGGUUCCCCAACUACAUCCAGGACUUGGACCGCUUCGCCAACCAGAUCCUCAGUUACGGCUCGGAGCUGGAUGCUGAUCACCCGGGCUUCACAGACCCGGUGUACCGGAGCCGCAGGAAGGAGUUUGCUGACAUCGCCUUCAACUACAGACACGGACAGCCCAUUCCUCGGGUGGAGUACACGGAAGACGAAAAGGCCACGUGGGGCACCGUGUUCAAGGAACUCAAGACCCUGUACCCGAGCCACGCCUGCCGUGAGCACAACCGGGUCUUCCCGCUGUUGGAGAAAUACUGCGGUUACCGGCAGGACAACAUCCCGCAGCUCGAGGACGUGUCCCGCUUCCUGCAGUCCUGUACCGGUUUCCGACUUCGGCCGGUCGCCGGCUUGCUCUCCUCCCGGGACUUCCUGGCCGGCCUUGCCUUCCGCGUCUUCCAUUCCACGCAGUACAUCCGCCACGGCUCAAAGCCCACGUACACACCCGAACCAGACAUCUGCCACGAGCUCCUGGGGCACGUCCCGCUCUUUGCCGAUUCGGGUUUCGCCCAAUUCUCCCAGGAGAUCGGUCUUGCUUCUCUCGGUGCCCCGGAUGAGUACAUUGAGAAACUCGCCACGGUCUACUGGUUCACCGUCGAGUUCGGCCUGUGCAAGCAGGGCUCCGAGACGAGAGCGUUCGGAGCGGGCUUGCUGUCGUCCUUCGGAGAGCUGCAGUACUGCCUGACGGACCAGCCCACACUGCUUCCCUUCGACCCGGAGAAGACCAGCGUCCAGAAAUACCCCAUCACCGAGUACCAGCCGGUCUACUUUGUCGCCGAAAGCUUUGAGGAUGCCAAAGACAGAGUCAGGAAGUUUGCCGGCACCAUCCCUCGGCCCUUCUCGGUGCGCUAUAACCCGUACACUCAGAGCGUGGAGAUCCUGGACAACACCCAGCAGCUGGGCAACCUGGCCAACAGCAUCAAGAGCGAAAUGGGCAAAUUGUGCGAAGCCUUGAAAAAACUCGAGUGAUCAACCUGAAGCUUAUGAAACCUGCGUCUGUUUUUUUUUUUUUGUAUUAAAGCAAUUACCGGGAUUGGAUCGAGAAUAUUCAAUGUAUUUUAGUUGAGUAAAUCAUGUGUCACCA